AGUAACUAUGGCCGUUUCCACCGUAACGUUGAAUUCACAUUUUGAAAUAUCCAAUUAAUAAUAUAGUAUCAUUUAAUCACAUCUAAAUCAUACUUUAUAUAUAUUACAAAGAUUCUUCACUCUUUCUUCUUGCACUUCAUGUUUCUCUUUCUCAGCACUUUUCUGGAUCCUUCAAUUUGCCUCUACUAAAAUAAAGUUUGAUUGAAGAGAAUAAUAAUCCACCAUAGAGCUAUGGUCAACAUUGAGCCUUCAACACGUCUUAAGGGAAAAUAUGUGGCUAUAGUGGUUUGUUGGCUUCUUGGCAAUGGAUGUCUUUUCUCUUGGAAUAGUAUGCUCACAAUUGAAGAUUAUUAUAUGCACUUGUUUCCGAAAUAUCAUCCAUCGAGGGUGUUUACACUUGUAUACCAACCAUUUGCAGUUGGAACACUUUUUAUCCUUUCUUAUAAUGAGGCAAAAGUUAAUACUAGAUUAAGAAACUUGUUUGGAUAUACCCUAUUUUUUGUAGCUACUUUGUUGGUGUUAAUACUGAAUUUAGCAACAUCAGGUAAAGGAGGACUUGGAACAUUUAUUGGUAUAUGUGCAAUUAGUGGUGCCUUUGGAAUUGCAGAUGCUCAUGUUCAAGGUGGAAUGGUGGGAGAUUUGUCUUACAUGCAACCCGAAUUCGUUCAGUCUUUUCUGGCUGGUUUGGCUGCAUCCGGUGUAUUAACAUCUGGUUUAAGAUUAAUAACAAAAGCAACAUUUAACAAUUCUAAGGGCGGUCUUAGAAAAGGAGCCAUUCUAUUUUUUGCCAUAUCAACAUUCUUUGAACUUCUAUGUGUUCUUCUCUAUGCAUUUGUUUUUCCAAAAAUACCAAUUGUGAAGUACUACCGAACAAAAGCAGCCUCAGAAGGAUGCAAAACUGUUUUACCAGAUCUUGCCGCUAGUGGCAUCCAAACAAUAUCUAAAGAAGAUGAGGAUCGUACAAAAACACAAGAGAGGAAAGGAAACAAGCAAUUGUUAAUCGAAAACUUUGAUUAUUUACUUGACAUGUUCCUAAUAUAUGCAUUGACACUAUCUAUUUUUCCUGGGUUUCUUUUCGAAGAUACCGGAGCACAUAGUUUGGGAACUUGGUACGCGCUUGUGUUAGUUGCAAUGUAUAAUGUGUGGGAUCUAAUAGGAAGAUACAUUCCACUCUUAGAAUUCUUGAAAUUGGAGUCACGAAAGUUGAUCACGGUAGCGAUUCUAUGUCGUUUUUUACUUGUUCCGGCAUUUUAUUUCACUGCUAAGUAUGGUGAACAAGGAUGGAUGAUAAUGUUGACAUCAUUCUUGGGGUUAUCCAAUGGUUACCUCACUGUUUGUGUUAUCACAUCUGCACCAAAAGGUUACAAGGGUCCAGAACAAAAUGCAUUGGGGAAUCUAUUGGUGUUGUUUCUAUUAUGUGGUAUUUUUGCAGGGGUGACAUUAGACUGGUUGUGGUUGAUAGGUAAAGGUUGGUAAGAUAUGAGUAAGAAAAGUGUUUGUUGCUCAAUGAUAUACUUAUAAUAGGAUAGUCCUCUAUUUUAGUUUCAAAAAGUGAAAUACGAGGUCAUAUUAGUAUCUGAUUCAUGCAAUAUUUAAAUAAGUCAUUUAUUAUUCGUA